UUCCGAAAAAUAAAAAAGGGGAAAAAGAAUAAAAAGGAGACGAGACGACGAGGAAGCGUACUCGAUAACCAACCACCGUGCGUCUCGACCUUUACCUUCCUUCUUUCUUUCUCUCUCAAAAACCCUAAAUUCUUCUCAGGAGAUCGAUCGAAUCCGUUAGUAAUGGCGAAUAGCAAUCUUCCGCGAAGAAUCAUCAAGGAAACUCAACGUCUACUUAGUGAACCUGCUCCGGGGAUAAGUGCGUCUCCGUCAGAGGAAAAUAUGCGUUAUUUCAAUGUCAUGAUCCUUGGUCCUACCCAGUCUCCUUAUGAAGGAGGAGUUUUCAAGUUGGAGCUCUUUUUGCCUGAAGAAUACCCUAUGGCAGCUCCUAAAGUUAGGUUUCUCACCAAGAUAUACCAUCCUAACAUUGACAAGCUCGGAAGGAUCUGCCUUGACAUACUGAAAGACAAGUGGAGUCCUGCGCUUCAAAUAAGAACUGUGCUCUUGAGUAUUCAAGCUCUUCUAAGUGCACCAAACCCAGACGAUCCACUCUCUGAGAACAUAGCUAAGCAUUGGAAGAGUAAUGAAGCAGAAGCCGUGGAGACAGCUAAGGAGUGGACUCGUCUAUAUGCAAGUGGCGCUUGAUGAUGGAGUCGCAAAAGGAGAACGAUCGUUGUCAUUUAAAUAACAUUAUAUAUGGUGAAACUCUUUAAGGUUAUUUUAUCUGAAUCCUUUUUCUUAAAAAAAAACUGGGAAAAAGAUUUGUACUCUCUGAAUCUUCUUUGUAUAACUAGAAGAAUUGAAGUCUCGUUUAUCCAUGCAAACUAACGUUCUUCAAAUAA